GAUAAAUAGAAAUGAGGGAGGGCAGCGCGGCAGCAGGGAGGAAGAACGGGGCAUUGUCGCCGUGCGCGGCGUGCAAGCUGCUGCGGCGGAGGUGCGCUCAGGACUGCGUGUUUGCGCCCUACUUCCCCGCCGACGAGCCCCACAAAUUUGCCAACGUGCACAAGGUCUUCGGCGCCAGCAACGUCAACAAGAUGCUACAGGAGUUGGGGGAGCAGCAGCGGAGCGACGCGGUGAGCUCGAUGGUGUACGAGGCCAACGCCCGGAUCCGCGACCCUGUCUACGGCUGCGUCGGAGCCAUCUCCUCGCUGCAGCAGCAAGUGGACUCCCUCCGAGCCCAGCUCGCUGUCGCCCAGGCCGAGCUAGUCCAGCUCAGGAUGCGCGAGCCCAACAGCAGCAGCCACCUCGCCUCCAGCAAUCAUCAGGCUAACGUCGGGGAGUCGCUCUGGUCUUGCUAGCUGAUUACUUCCUUAAUUAAUUAAUUAAUAAGCCACUAAUUAGUCAUAUAUAUCUCUCUCUCUCUGUGUUUUUUUUAAUUAAGUGAGACGUACGUACCCUCUGAUUUUGUUUUGGCUUGCUUCCUCUUUAUCCAUGGUGACGGUUAAUGAUUAACCAUAUAUAUAUGUAUAUAUAUAUUUGUAUGAGUUUAUUUACAACUAUGUAUUAUAGAUAAAUAUAUUUUCCUGGGAUUGGUGGCUCGGUGUAGCCCUACUCUCGACUUUCGUAUUAGCAUCGGCAACAUGAAUAUGAUCUCAGAUGUUGGUUUUAUGGUGAACAAGAGUACAAGCUAGG